AUGUCUUCCGAAGAUAUUAGUGAGUUGUCAGAAAUCAGCGAUGGAAACAUAAGCAGUCGUAGUGAUGAAGAGCUGGAAGACGAGAUUCAAGAGAAUGGGUACACCCCUUUUGAGGAAGAUGACGAUUACGGACAUGAUGAAGACGACGAUGAUGAUGAUAAUAUUCACGAUCAAGACCAGGACGACUACCUUGAUUCAAGUACUCAACCUGAAACCGUUGAUUCCGAAAUAACAAGCCAGCCACGUUCAAAACAGAACUCGUUGGUCGUUAAACUUCAACCCAGGAGAGCUAAGACAAGACUAAGCUACAAUGAAUCUGAUGACGAAUUUCCCGAAGACGAGGAAUUGGACGAAGAGGAAGAAGUAGAAGAAGAGGACGAUGAUGAUGAUGAUAACUUUGAGACGCCGCAGUUGGGAGAGCCCACUGACGUCUCCAAAAUGACUGAGAGACAAAGAGCCAAGUUCUUGGAACAAGAAGAACCUCAAUCGUUCUUGGAGCUCCCAACCAACAAGAAAAAGAAAGAGCUAACAGAGGAAGAGAUUUUACUCAAAAGAGAAGAAAAUUCACGGAAAAGGAAGAACUUUAACGAGAGGCGGCUAGAAGAAGAGAAGAGAGAUACCUUGAAUAAACUGCUUAAAAAACGAGCCUCCAAAGUGCGUUCCAAAAAAUCAUUAGAUGAGUUUGAUGAUGAUGAAAACGAAGUUUCGAAAAGAUUGAAUCGGCCUAGGAGGCCCCAAUUAGUUCAUCCUGCGUUAUCGAGAUGGACAUGUACUUCUAAGGAUGAGCAGGUUAUUAUUCGGUAUGGAAUUCCUGGCACGUCCAAGUAA